GUACUAAAAUUUUAGAGGCUGCAAAAAGACAAGUCCAACAUAUUCCACACACUUGAGAAUGUGGUGUCUCUCUUUGACUCCUCUCCCUAAAUCACUCUCUAUUUAUGUAUGCAUCUUUUCAAUCCACACACAUCUCUCUUAACACACAAAUACAUAUUUAUAUAUAUGUAAUCCUUAAAGCUGAUCAUCUCCAUCUUCAAUUUCAAUUCUCUCUAUUUCAUCUUUUCCGAUUGAUCAAUUCCAAUAUUACGUCCUUUUUUUCUUGAAUCUCUCUAUAUACUCAAUGGAAGCAGCUGCGGAGGCUGUAUCAGCCGCUAGGGAGCAAUCAUUGAUCCUUAAAGGGAAACGGACUAAGCGGCAACGUCCUCAGUCCCCAAUCCCUUUCUCUAUCAUUCCUCCUAUGUCUUCGCAUGAACCGGAUGCUGAAGAAGAGUCUACUAGUCUUGUUUCCAAGGAGAAGAGUCUCAAUGAUGAAAUCAACAACAAUAACAUCAAGAAUAAUAACAAUACUUUGAUCAAUGGUGUUACAUCUUCAUCUUCUGCCUCUUCAUCUUCCAACAACAAUGCCACAUUAAAGGCCACGGCUGACGAAGAAGAUCAAGAUAUGGCUAAUUGUUUGAUCCUCCUCGCCCAAGGUCACUCUCUUCCCCACCUCCAACCGCAACCGCACCCCCAACAACAAACAAGACAGCUUAUGAUGAGUUACCAAGAUUCCGGUAACAACAACAACAAUGCGUAUAGAUCUAGCAGCAGGAGGUUUCUAGAGACAUCUUCAUCUAACGGGACCACAACGAACGGUGGUGGAGGCAGAGCCGGUUACUAUGUUUACCAGUGCAAAACAUGUGACCGGACUUUUCCGUCUUUCCAAGCUCUUGGUGGGCAUAGAGCCAGCCACAAGAAGCCUAAAGCCGCUAUGGGUCUUCACUCUAACCAUGACCACAAGAAGUCUAACUACGAUGACGCCGUUUCUCUCCAUCUCAACAACGUUCUCACCACAACUCCUAACAACAAUAGUAACCAUAGAUCGCUUGUGGUAUACGGCAAAGGUAGUAAUAAUAAGGUCCAUGAAUGUGGGAUAUGUGGAGCCGAAUUCACAUCCGGGCAAGCAUUAGGUGGUCACAUGAGACGCCAUAGAGGUGCAGUGGUAGCCGCAGCAGCCGCCUCUACCGCCACCGUAUCGGUUGCGGCCAUUCCGGCUACUGCAAACACGGCUUUGUCAUUGUCGCCAAUGUCGUUUGAUCAGAUGUCGGAGGGUCCAAUUCAGGCUCCCGUUAAGAGAGCGAGGAGCGCGGUUGUGUCGUUAGAUUUAGAUCUGAAUCUACCUGCCCCGGAAGAUGAGAAUCGGGUCAACGGAUUAAGCUUUGCUUCAAAGCAAGAACACGAACAAGAACAUGAACAAACACAACAGAAGAAACAGAGAGAAGAACAAAAGUCUCUUGUCUUGUCUUCUGCUCCUACAUUGGUGGAUUGCCAUUACUAAAAUCAAAAUUCAUUAAUACCUAAUCAAACAAAAUUAAGCAGAAAUUGAUGAACCAUUUUUUUAAGAAAGUUACUGAUUCCUUGCUUUGUACAAGACUUGCAAGAUUCUUCUCUCUUUUUUUUCCUUUCUUACUUCCUUAAUUUCAAAGGAAAAACCAUAUAUUAUACAAAUAUAUAUACUCCCAUUAGGCAUAUGCAAUGCUUUGUAAUUACAUCCAAGUUAAUGUAAGAUCUU